AUGAACAACUUGCCAGACUCCUUCCCAACCGACAACUUCCAGCCCCGAGGCUUCCAUGGCUUCCAUGACAACAGCCACGUCUUCUUCCUGCGGACCAGCACACACGAGGAUGCUGUCGCCUGGGGGUUCGUCGCCCCCGUUAAGUCGACCGUCGUGUUCAUCAAGGUGCAGGACCCGGACGAAUGGGAGUGCCGGCGCCUGUUGCAGAAUAAGGGGGUUGACAUCGACACCUUUGUCAAGGGCACGACUAUAAAGAAGUUCUGCGCGGACAACCGCAGCGACGUCCGCAUCGCCACCGUACCCAAUACGGGUUACUUCCGCGUCAUCACCAUCGUAUGGAGUCCCAAAGGUCACGCUAGGGACCCAGUUCGUGACGGCGACAUCAUGGAACAGGCGGUCGAGCAGCAGUUUGGGGACGAAAUCGCGAAAGCGCGGAAAUUAUUGGGAAGGCAGUGGGGAAGCUCCUCGGCCAACAUCACUGAGUAUAACUCAUAUCGAGUCUGA